CGCCUUUGUGGGAGUUUCGUCAAGAUCUUGUUCACUAAGGAUAUAAACGUCAAUUGAGAAGUUGCAAUGGGAUGCUCCCCAUCUAAAGGUAACAAUUGUGUGGCUCAUGGCACCUUUAGGAGGGGCAGGACACUACUACCAGGGGGCAAAGAGAGCACAGGGGGGUCCCAGUCUGAUUGUGGAGGGAGUGGAGCCUCCUCUGGAACAGGAGACACUGAUGGAGAGACUUGGGAGAGGAGAGAUGGGGAAAGGAGACUGGCUGGGCAGACCCAAUCUGUUCAGAAGGAAGCACCUUCAACCCCACAGAAAAAGAGACCCUUCCUGACUGAGUUGGUUCAAGAGGGGGUCAUUCUGGAUAAAAAAGUGGGGACUCAAGAGACAGAUAAGACAGGGAAACAUGGAAAAGAGAAACAAGGAGACAAGCAAGAUAUGGCUGACAAAAAGGGUGGACGAAAGCCAAAGAAAAAUGGUAAAGGAGUCAAGUCAGCUAAAAAGAAAGAGAAGGAGAAAAAAGCUCCCCUUGUGGAGCAGAAAGUUGACUUUCCGGAACCUUUAGUGAAAGCCCACCAGGCUGCUUAUGCCUUUUUAAACCCUAGUAUCAGCAAAUAUGAGAUUCUACUGGGGCUACUGGACCAAGCAACCCAGACCCAGGAGUCUGUGCAGCCAAUGGUGUCCUUCAUGGCUAUGCGCUACGAGGAAAUCAACCGAGGGCUGGAGGAAAUGGCAGAUGAGGGUGAAAGGCUUCUGAACGACAAUGGGGAGUAUCUCGCCUGGCCAAGCCCAAUGAAAAACCUAUCCAGUUCUCCCCCUCUCAAAUCUGGUUCCAUGAAUGCUGAGCCUCCACCAGAUCUCUUGCAGCAGCUUCUUCAGUAUACCACUCAAAGGAUGCGAAAUGUGGGCCAGUCUGUGGGUGGCAUUGGGGACUCUGCCUUGGAGGAGGCAGCUGAGUAUUUUACCUCUGUCUCUGAGCUGCUGGAGGAUAAAUUAAAAGCCAAGCAUGCCGCAGAGACAAGACUGAUGCAGUUGCUGACUCGUAUUGAGGCUGCCUCACUUCAUAAGCCCGGACCAGAGGACUCUGCAUUGUUCAGUGAGGACAGUGGAAUUGGGGCUGAAAGCGAGUCCCUAGCUGGGUCUGAAAGACGACUCCAUUGUGAAAGCUGUGAGUCCACUGGGUCCAACCGAACCACUCCUUACAGUCCUUUUGGCAUUAAUGCUAGCCCAGUCCAGCAAGGGGCACCAAGGCAAAAGUUUAUUAAGAAAGUGAGCCACAGCAACUCCCUAAACUCCAUAGACUCAGUAUGCACCAUAAUGGAUAAAGGAUCUGCCUCCUUAGACGAUGGUGAGGAGCAGGAUGAUGAUGAUGAGGGGGAAGAAGAGGGACAGGGUGGCAGGAAGCGAUCUAACGCCUCCUUAUCUGAUCUUAACCAACAACCUUGUCGCCUGGUACACAAGCGCAUAGAAAACCCUCAAAAUGUGGAAAUGACCCUGAAAAUGAAAGAUGCCAUAAGUGGUCGGAUUCGAUUUGUUCCCUCACAACGUGACAGUGCCAAAACUAAACCAACAGACAGCCCCAAGACCAGGUGCCAGUGGACAGAGGGGGGAUCACCAAAAAGGCCCCAACGAGCAGCCUCUGUACGAAGGGAAUUUAAAAAGACCCCUGUUCCUAAAGAGCAUCGUUCACAGUCUGCAGAAUCCGUUCGCAGCAAAGGUGAAGAUCCAACACUGAUUGAACUAGAGAGGACACAGAAGGAUCUUAGUCAGAGGCUAGAGAGGAUAAGCAAAGGCAGGACGGAGGAGAAUACCAAGGCAGGUCUCACUAAACAGAACCCGGGAGAUUCUGCGACGUCCCCAGCCUCCAAUCGUCUAUGCCCCACCCUGCAGAAGAACAACAACACUCUUCCAAUCCAGGACAAUGCAGGACUUAUGAAGCAUGACUCCGGGGAACACAGGGCAAGCAAGGACAUUGAGGAGGAAAAGAUAAAGAAAGACACAAAAAACACCAAGGGGCCACUGAAAGCCACCCCACCUCCUAGCCCCCCAUUGUCACAUCGUCCAUGCUCAGGACUGUACCGGGGAAGGAAUUCUGUCAAAAGGCUGAUUGACACCUUCAGCCAGGGGGUGGAAGAGCCCAAACAAGAGGCAUCCAAAGUGUUGGGGCCUCUCAAAGGGGUUCGAAAGUGUGGUGUUCACGUUAUGCCUGGAGUAGGUGACAUUGAAGCCAUAAUGAGCAGUGGGGUCAGCAGUUGUAGGACAUAUGAUUUGGACCUAGAAAGUCUGCCACCCCCCCCUCUUGAGGUCUUGAUGGACAAUUCCUUUGAAGGUGCACAGAGCCUCACAGUUAGCGACGUAGAUGAUGGGAUUGCAAGUAGAGGUCGAUCCCCUGUUCCCAAGAGGGCUACGGCAUCUCAGAAGAUGCAUGCCUCCAUGCGUUCUGUGUCAGUACUACCCAGCAGAGGCAUCCUGCCCCAGGGGUCUAGCAGCAUGUUUCUUGCCCGGACUGUAAGGCGGGAUAUCUCUGCUAGUUCCAGCAUUAGCCACGAUGAGCAUCAGCUGGAGGUAGACCCUGAGACAGAGGAGGUGGCCACUCUCUACAAGCAAGCUAGAAAAAUUAUCCACUUGCGGCACUCCUCAGUGUCUCCUAUUGAGAAAGGUCAGGCUGUGCCCAGAAGACCCUCUCCCAAUCGAGCAGCAUCGGGAGGGAGACAGGGAGAUGACAGUCCCUUUGAGAAAGUGCCUCCCACUUCAACCAUCAGUAGCCAACCACCUGCCACCCCGCCUGUAUCUAGAAUCCGAAUGCUGCCUUCCACGCCUUCAACCCCAAGUGGCUUGCAUCGAAGAUUACCCAGUCCCACCACCUUCAGAAAGCAGCCUACGCCCCAAACCACGAACAGUCCUCCGGCCAUUCGCAAACUUCCCACCCGACCACCGCUUCAGAGAAGACUUCCAAGCCCGCCUGCCUCAAGAAAAUUAUUGACCCCAAACUCCAGCUCUUCUGACUCCACACAUUCUUUUAAGGCACCCUCACCACCAACGUCCCCAAGGGUUCAAAGAUGGAAACGGGAGAACAGCAGCAAGGACUCCAGCCCAGGGGCUUCAGCUAUCUCUCAGUUGAUCAGUAACGCUCGCUCAGUUUUCUGCCCGGCCUCGUCCUCACUGUUUGAGGCCCAGCCUUGCCCCGUUCCCUGCCCCCCCCAGGCUUGGGCCUCCAUCAGUGGUAGUGUCAUCCCGCGUUCUUGGGGAAAUCGUGGUAAGCUGCCUAUGUCUGUGCGAGGAACCAAGCCUUUCAUCCGACGCAGCCACUCGGACAGGAGGCCCAGUCUAAGCCUGCCAUCCAGGGCACCCAUUGUCUCAUUUGCAGAGACUUGUGGGAGUGAGCCAGCCAUCAGCAUACAAGGGCUGGAGGACGAGCCAAGCAGAGAUGACGAGUCGUGGGACAGCAAAUCAGAUUACAGAGGGAAUGCCCACUCUGCUUCGCACCCGGAYCUGUGCAUCGUGGGUCAGGGCCUUACAUUGUGAAUAAGGGGGCUGGUUGGUAGAACACCAAGUCGGAUUACGGAUAAAACACAGGAUUUAAGAUUUUAUUUACACUGGGAAGAGAGGAAGUGCUAAUUCAAGAAAGCUUCUUUACCGGGUGGUACCACUACCUCCUCCUCCCUUUUAUUUCCUUCAGAGACAUUUUUUCUAUUACGUUAUUUUCUUUUCGAUGAGGUUUGUUUGUGUG